GAGCCGGGCCGGCCGCGCGCAAGUCCGGCGCCAGCCGCUAGAGCCCCCAGUGCGCGGCCCGGCCGCGGGGCGCCUCGACCCGACACAAUAAACUCCGAGGGCGGGCGGGCCGAGGGGCCGGUGGGGCCGAGCGGCCGCCCCGCGCAGCAUCGCCAUGUGAGCGGCUGCCGCGGCCUCGCGGGGACCCAACUUUCCCGGGCGGCGGCGCCCAACUUCCCGCCGCCCGCUCCGGCCCCGCAGGCCUGCGGCGCCAGGGGGAGACGCGAGUAAGUGCGGGCGGCGGUGCCCUCCCGGCCCUCACCCCGCACGCGGCGACCCGGCCGCCUAGCCUCCCUCGCUCAGGCGCGACCGCGGCGUUCUCUGAGCUAAAGAAGUAAACAGGUCAUGGCACGUUUAACAAAAAGACGACAGGCGGAUACAAAAGCUAUCCAGCAUCUUUGGGCAGCCAUUGAGAUUAUACGGAACCAGAAGCAGAUUGCCAACAUUGACCGUAUUACAAAGUAUAUGUCUCGAGUCCACGGUAUGCACCCUAAAGAGACCACCCGUCAGCUGAGCUUAGCUGUGAAAGAUGGUCUUAUUGUCGAAACUCUAACAGUGGGCUGCAAAGGUUCAAAAGCUGGUAUUGAACAAGAAGGAUAUUGGUUGCCAGGAGAUGAGAUUGACUGGGAAACAGAAAAUCAUGACUGGUAUUGUUUUGAAUGCCAUUUGCCUGGAGAGGUGUUGAUAUGUGACCUGUGUUUUCGUGUGUAUCAUUCCAAGUGUUUGUCUGAUGAGUUCAGGCUUAGAGACAGCAGUAGUCCCUGGCAGUGCCCAGUUUGCAGGAGCAUUAAGAAGAAGAAUACAAACAAACAGGAGAUGGGCACAUACCUGAGAUUCAUUGUCUCCCGCAUGAAGGAGAGGGCUAUAGAUCUUAAUAAAAAGGGGAAGGACAAUAAACACCCGAUGUACAGGAGGCUGGUGCACUCAGCUGUGGACGUUCCCACCAUUCAAGAGAAAGUGAAUGAAGGGAAAUACCGAAGUUAUGAAGAGUUCAAAGCUGAUGCCCAAUUGCUUCUCCACAAUACCGUGAUUUUCUAUGGAGCAGACAGUGAGCAAGCUGACAUUGCGAGGAUGCUAUAUAAAGACACAUGUCAUGAGCUGGAUGAACUGCAGCUUUGCAAGAAUUGCUUUUACUUGUCAAAUGCUCGUCCUGACAACUGGUUCUGUUAUCCUUGUAUACCUAAUCAUGAGCUGGUUUGGGCUAAAAUGAAAGGUUUUGGGUUUUGGCCAGCCAAAGUCAUGCAGAAAGAAGACAAUCAAGUCGACGUUCGCUUCUUUGGCCACCACCACCAGAGGGCCUGGAUUCCUUCUGAAAACAUUCAAGAUAUCACAGUCAACAUUCAUCGGCUGCACGUGAAGCGCAGUAUGGGUUGGAAAAAGGCCUGUGAUGAGCUGGAGCUGCAUCAGCGUUUCCUACGAGAAGGGAGAUUUUGGAAAUCUAAGAAUGAGGACCGAGGUGAGGAAGAGGCAGAAUCCAGUAUCUCCUCCACCAGUAAUGAGCAGCUAAAGGUCACUCAAGAACCAAGAGCAAAGAAAGGACGACGUAAUCAAAGUGUGGAGCCCAAAAAGGAAGAACCAGAGCCUGAAACAGAAGCAGUAAGUUCUAGCCAGGAAAUACCCACGAUGCCUCAGCCCAUCGAAAAAGUCUCCGUGUCAACUCAGACCAAGAAGUUAAGUGCCUCUUCACCAAGAAUGCUGCAUCGGAGCACCCAGACCACAAACGACGGCGUGUGUCAGAGCAUGUGCCAUGACAAAUACACCAAGAUCUUCAAUGACUUCAAAGACCGGAUGAAGUCGGACCACAAGCGGGAGACAGAGCGUGUUGUCCGAGAAGCUCUGGAGAAGCUGCGUUCUGAAAUGGAAGAAGAAAAGAGACAAGCUGUAAAUAAAGCUGUAGCCAACAUGCAGGGUGAGAUGGACAGAAAAUGUAAGCAAGUAAAGGAAAAGUGUAAGGAGGAAUUUGUAGAAGAAAUCAAGAAGCUGGCAACACAGCACAAGCAACUGAUUUCUCAGACCAAGAAGAAGCAGUGGUGCUACAACUGUGAGGAGGAGGCCAUGUACCACUGCUGCUGGAACACAUCCUACUGCUCCAUCAAGUGCCAGCAGGAGCACUGGCACGCGGAGCACAAGCGCACCUGCCGCCGGAAAAGAUGAAGCUGGCCCUUCCCGGAGUCACCCCGAUGAUUACUCUUUUCAGACACAGCGGUUUUUGUUUCCAAGAAGCCAAAAUUGUUUAGAAUUUGCUUCCCAUUUUGCACCAGCCUUUAAACACUUUUCGUGAAGAAAUUUUGCACAGUAGUUUAAAUCUUUUGUUAAUGCUCCUCCGAAGUUUUUCAGGGGUAAAAGUAACAUCAGUGGAGGGUAUUAUUUUAAAUAAAUUUUAAUUGAGAAUUUGUUGCAUUUUCAGCAAAUUUUAAAACAUUUUUAGGUUUUACAGAGAUUUUAACCUUUAAACAACAGAUCUUUAAAAAACAGGUGAAUACAAGUGAGUUUAACAAAGAAACAUUUAGAAUAGAUCUGAAUGUAAGAACUACAGAACUGUUUCAGAAAUAAAACAUACUACCUUGAUGUGACAUUUUUUUCUUAACCUUGUUGAGCUGGUUUUGUUCAGCUUAAUUUACUGUUCAAAGGCAUUAUCUGUUGGUCACACCAGUGGGUAUAUGAUUGAAUUUAGGGAACAGGGUUGACACAGCAGGGCUAGUCCUGCAUAUUUUUUCUUAAAUAUUUCCCAAUUGUGUUUUUCAUUAUUUCUUUUCAAUAUAUAACUUUUAUAACAAAUUAUUAGCUUUGAUCUUGUAGUUUAAAAUUGCAGGGAACUGGGGUAAUCUUUUACUGAGCUGGAUCUUAGAGAAAAUGAAUAUUUAAAUUUUAAAGUUUGCACAUUUCAUCUUUGUCCUAACAUGAGUGCUUGUAACAAAAUAAACAACAAAAACAAAGCCAAAAACUACCUUUAUCCAUAUGUGAAAUUAUAGAUGAGGCAUACGAAUUUGUUUAAUGCUUCCCUUCCCACAUAUCAUCUCACUGCCUAUUAUCUGGUGUCACCUCAUGUAUCGUAAGUUAAUACUAAAAGAAGAGAAAGCACUUAAGUAAGUUUCACAGAAGCCGUUAUGUUUGUAGUAAUGGGUCAUUGCCUACUAAUGAACUCCAUCACUGUACACAGAAUGAAGAAUAAUGCAUGUUAAUUUUCUUGUAUUAAAGAUGCCGUGAUUUGUAAAAA